GUGUGCAGUAAUGGCUGCCGAGAAGAAGAUAUCGUGUGCCAUGGAAAAAGAGCUAGAGUCAAUAGAUAAAGAUUACAUUCGUCCCAUUCAGGUCAAUGCUUUCCAGUGCUGUGCUAAAUGUUGCCAGGAUCGCUCAGUCUCACAUAUGAUCCUUCAAAACUGUCUUCAGAAUUGCAUGCGCCCUGUCUCUGAGCUGGAGGAGCGAAUAAAGCAGGAAGUAGAUUCUAUACAGGAUCGGUUGACCAGGUGUGCUCAACAGUGCCAGGAUAAAGCCAUGGACUCCCUCUCUUCUAACCCAACUGUGGAGGAGAGAGAGAGAGCACACAAGAUAGGACAGGACUGCCUCUUGGGGUGUGCCGACACUCACAUUCCACUCAUAAAUAAGAUGUUUACUAGACUGAGGCAGCAGCUGAAGGGAUGAAUUAACAAAUACUGUUAAUAUAUUGUUGUAUUUGUAGAUUUAGUAUUUAUAAUUAUUUUAUUUAAGAAUUGAUUAUUAACAUUAAUUUUAACAAUGAUAAUAAAAUAAGUGAUUAUUAAUUUAACCCUUUUGUCACAUCCCACAUGUAGAGAGAUCUUGGAAGGAGUUCCAGACUCCAGUUGGGCUAUAGAUUUUUCCAGCUGUUACUCAAUGGAAUGAUGGCAGCUUCAAAUGCAGCUCCUUCAAUAGAUGAAGUUAAUCCGAUUGAAACCCAUGUCACUUUUAAUACUGAUGUCAAACUGCUUCAUACUAUGGCCCAGAAACUUUAUUCUGACAUUGAAACUAAAGGAUCAGGUUUUAUCAGGUCACCUGAUAACCUUCAAACAAUAAUAGAUUCUAUUACUAACAUUGCAUCUGGUAUGUCUGGUGAAGAUUCUUUUCUCAAACACAUCAAUAUGCUCUUAUGUGAACUGAAGGUCUUGAAAAUAGUUCUUUUGAAAAGCUUUGGUAAAGCUGAGGAAGAGUUGAAAAGGUUGAGCAGCUCCCUGACAACAAAGAAUACAACUAGUAGGAUUUAUCUGGACGAGUUUUUAAAGCAUUUCACUGAGAGAGAGAGUUUAGAUGAAGGAAAAGUAGCAGAAGUAGCUGAGCACUAUCAAGCUAAAGUUGAGAUGAAUGUAAAGAAGCUCUGUGCCUUUUUGAAAGAGAACAUUGUGGAAGAAACAAUGGAGACUGAACAAGAGAAUGAUGAUCCUGUCUCUAAUGACAGCAAAGAUGCAAUGCCAACUGAGUCUUCAUCUUCCCCAGUUAUCACUAAAUCUGAACUCACUGAUGCAAAAGAGCCAAAAACCAUUACAAUUAGAGUAAGAAGUCGUAGAUCUCUUUGGAGCUAUGAUGCUGUAGCUGCUCUAGUUGAUGGAGUGAAUCGUUUUGGUGUUGGAAACUGGAAGAGGAUUUUAGAAUCAAAAUCAGCCAAAAAGUUCCCUACGUCAAAUAACGUAGCUAUAAAAGACAAAUGGAGAAAUCUUGUAAAGUACGAGCAUGUUAUACACAAGAAUGGUCGAUGGAUACAUCUCCAUGAUGACUCUUAAUAUCAUCACUUAGUAUCAACCAACACUUUUAAUUCAUUUAAAUUUGUCAUUUAUAUACAAAAGUAUGAUUUUUCUCAUUUAUAAUGUCACCGUCAUGUCAUUUAUAUACCAUUCAUUUAUAUAAAAAAGUUUGAUUUUUAUUGGCCUCACUAUGAAGAUGAGGUACAUUUGUUUUAA